AAGAAGAAUAUGAAGAAUCUCGUCAAUUAUUAGUAGAAUUCAUUUUGGAUAAUAAUCAAGCAUUUAAUAUUCUAAAUUGCAAAAGUUUUCGUAAUUUGCUAUAUUCUCUUGAUAAAAAUUUUAUUGUUCCUUGUGAUAAACAAUUAAAGCUAUGA